CCACAGUGCCACGUCAGCCACAGUGCCACGUCAGCAGUGCCAUGUCAGCAGUGCCACGUCAGCAGUGCCACGUCAGCAGUGCCAUGUCAGCAGUGCCACGUCAGCAGUGCCACGUCAGCAGUGCCACGUCAGCAGUGCCACAUCAGCCACAGUGCCACGUCAGCAGUGCCACGUCAGCCACAGUGCCACGUCAGCAGUGCCCCGCCACCAUGACGGGCGCAGCUCUGGGCAUGCCAGACCAACUGGCCAACGAGUCUCUUGCCGAAUACAAACAGCGGUUCCAGACUCAGCUCACAUUGAUCGAGGCUGAGGAACAGCGCCAGCUGGCAGCCGAGGCUGCCCGCCUACAGGCUGAAGCAGCGGCAACAGCUGAGAAGCAGCGGCUACAGGCCGAAGCUGACGCAGAUACCCAGGCAUGCCGCAAGGAAGCCCAGGAUCUGUUGCAGCGGCAUGAAGCCGCCAGCAUCGAAAGACUCAAGUUCUGGCACUUUCAACCAUCCAACGGCGACGACGCAACACCGGAGGAGCAGCACAGGGAGUUCACGGCCAAGCUCAUAACCAAGAUGGUUUACUCUAUUAACCAUCUGCAGUCUGAGUUCGCAAAUCUCCAGCGGGCCAUGAGGACCUACAAGGCCCAGCACGAGGAUGCGACACGGGCACUUGAUUCCCGUAUGCACGACCUGGAGCAAGCUGCACCGGGACAGCAGGCUGGCAAGUCCAGCAGCGCACCCUCGAACCGCCAACUGGAGGAACGCGUUGACCACGUAGUGGCAAUGCUAGGAGACAUCAGUGCCUUCGCAGAGCCGGCCACCAUCAGCCAGCAGUUUGAUGUGCUGGACACUAAGAGGGAGGCUCUGCCCGUUUGGCACAGCGGCGACAGGUCUUUGGCAAGCGGUGCAGGGGAGGCUCUGCCCGUUUGGCACGGCGGCGACAAGUCUUUGGCAAGCGGUGCAGGGGAGGCUCUGCCCGUUUGGCACGGCGGCGACAAGUCUUUGGCAAGCGGUGCAGGGGAGGCUCUACCCAUUUUACACGGCGGCGGCAGUGUAUUUUUGCCAGUGCUGCGGAAGCGCUGCCGAAAUUUUGUGGCGGCGGCAUUGAUUUUUACGGCAGUGAUCGGAGAGGCGACCUGCAACGCUUUGAUCGAUUGCGGAGCAUCUCGCAACUACAUGAGUCAGGACUUCAUGGUACGCGCCGGCCUUGGCCCACGAGUCCGAAGGAAGUCCCAACCCACGCAAGUCACGUUGGCAGACGGUCACACGCACAAGUCAAUCGACCGGUGCAUUGAUGACGUCCCAGUGUACUUUGCCCCUCGCGCAAGUGAGGCGGUGUCCUUUGACGUUCUGGACACCAAAUUCGACAUGAUCUUGGGCAUGUCAUGGCUGCGAAGCGAGGAUCACCCGGUGAACUUCUACCGCCGCACCGUUCACGUUCGUGAUCGGAACGGAGUACUAGUCCCAUGCACGGUAGCUCCUCCUCACCCUUCAGUCAGCUGUCACGUGGUAUCCACCGCAAGCAUGCGAGCUUCCAUCAUCAGAGACGACAUCGAGGAGAUGGGGGUGUGUUUUCUCCACGCCCUCCCGCCCCAUGACGCUUCAUCGACGGACUCUUCUUCGGAUCCACGCAUCACCGAGCUUCUCGACGCCUACGGCGACGUGUUCGAAGGCCCGCACAGAGUAGUACCGGAUCGGCCCAUCCGCCACGAGAUCAUCCUCGAGGACGGGGCCGUACCUCCACGCGGUUGCAUCUACCGAAUGAGGGAGGAAGAGUUAAGUGUGCUUCAGGCACAACUCGACGACCUCCUGGAGAAAGGCUGGAUUCGGCCUAGCUCAUCGCCAUACGGUGCUCCUGUUCUCUUCGUCCGGAAGAAGAACAAGGAUUUGCGGUUGUGUAUCGAUUAUCGCAAGCUCAAAGCGCAGACGAUCAGAAACGCCGGCCCUCUCCCACGCAUCGACGACUUUCUCGAACGACUGGGCGGCGCCAAGUUCUUCUCCAAGCUGGACCUCAAGUCGGGAUAUCACCAACUCGAGAUUCGGAAGGAGGAUCGCUACAAGACCGCGUUUAAGACGCGAUAUGGGCAUUUCGAAUGGCUGGUCAUGCCGUUUGGCCUUACGAAUGCCCCGACCACUUUCCAAGCGGCUAUGACAACGGAGUUCCGACACAUGCUGGAUCGAUACGUACUUAUCUACCUCGACGACAUUCUGGUGUACAGCCGGAGUUUGGAGGAGCAUGUGGAACACCUGCGCACCGUUUUGGAGCGGCUACGACAAGCCAAGUACAAAGCCAACAGCGACAAGUGCGAAUUCGCGUGGCACGAGUUGGAGUACUUGGGACAUUAUGUGACGCCACAAGGCAUCCGUCCGCUUGCAGACAAGAUUGAGGCCCUACGAGUAUGGCUCGAGCCCACCAACACCACGGACGUUCGUUCAUUCAUGGGAUUGGCGGGCUACUAUCAGCGAUUCAUCACCGGAUACUCGAGGAUUGCUGCACCUAUGACGAGAUUACAAUCACCAAAGGUGCCAUUCGUAUUCGAUGACGACGCACGCCGGUCAUUCCAAGCACUUAAGACAACUAUGCUCAUGGCACCCGUCCUUAGCAUCUAUGACCCCACCCUGCCUACGAGAGUGACGAUUAACGCUUCCGGCUAUGGCAUUGGGGCAGUCUUGGAACAACACGACGGCGACGACUGGCACCCUGUGGAGUAUUUCAGCCACAAAAGCGACGAYUUUCCGGGCCGACGAUCGCAGGACCCUCCUUCUAUGGAUGGUCAUCAGGAAGUUGACCGCGUCAUCACCGAUCGCAAGUACGACAGCAAGCCGCGACAGUACAAAGUGACAUUCAAAGCCUGCGAUCGCGACGACACUCAGUGGAUUUCAGGAGCAGAUUUGAAAGCAUCCGCACUGCUGAUCUACGCGCAUUAUGAGAAGCAAAGGUUAGCUCAGGAAGCUUCAUGACCGGCCCCUCCCACCCGGACUGUGGUCCCUCCCUCAGACAGACAGCUUCGCCCUC